CGGGGCGACCCGGAGGGAGUCCUGAUUGUUAACUUCCCGAAGGAACUUGGACUUGUGAAGUAUUGCGGGAUCCUCGGCCGUACGAGCCCCUCACUCCUCGGCUCGUCGUGAGAUUUGCUGAGGAAUGGGGGAGGCGGGUAGGUUGCCUAACACCCGCGGAGGGCACACAAUGGACACCCGGCGUUCUGCGUUCAGCGGCUCAGCCCGACCGUCCCCAUUGCCCCCCCCCCCCCCCCCCAAAUGCAAGUUGUCCUUUAAUUCCAAAGCGCAUCAGGCAAAGUCAUUCCCCCUGCCGGAUGAACGCCCUCUAGUGACCAACCCAAGAGCGUCCUACACGGGGGCGGGCCGGGACGGCCCAAAGCACUCAAGAAAUGGAGUCGCCAAGCGUCGGAUUUGAGCAUUUCAGCAUGGCAAAAGGUCUGGCUGGCCAUUUAUAGCCCUUAAUUGCGCGCCUAUUUUGUGACCUCCGAGUUCACCGGGGCCAAUUCCUGUGCGGAUCAAAUCCUGAUGAACAAAGGUGGAAUGCGAGGCGCCCCCCACCCCCUAAACGUUUCUGCCAUCCAUCCAUCCAUCCCUCCGUCCAUCCAUUCAUGGCUCCCCGUAUUGAAACCAUUAGCGCGCAUCUCGGCGCUCCAGCGCAGUCGCACUUGAAAGUCGAACGCGGCUGAAAAGUCAUUUUGCGCCUUGCGAGGGGAGGGCUCGGCGCGAGGGGCUGGCUGGCCCGGGGGCGGGCGCUCCCCCGUGACACUCGCUCACGUCGGAGGGGCAUAUUUAACUUGGGAGCCAGCACCCGCUCGCUCGCAGUCACGCUCACCCACGCGCGCCGUGCGCUUCGGCUCAGAGGAAGGGGCGCUCUCUCUCGCUCGCUCGCUCUCUCUCUCUCUCUCUCUCUCUUUCUCCCUCCCUCCCUUCCUCCCGCCCUCCCUCCCUCUGGCGCUCCCGCACGCAGUCGCCACUCGCCAAGCGGGGGAGCUUCUGCGGUAGCCGCCGGAGCAGGAGAAGCGGGAUUUUUUUGCUGGCCGCCUUGCGCGUUGGUAGGACUCUCGCCAUGCGUGACGAGGAGCUUCCCCGCGUGGGCGCCACGCCUUGAAAAGGGCAACGCUCAACUCUUUGUGCCUGGGAUAAUAGGAGCCAGCUAUAUUUGGAGCCUUCUCCGGGGGAGACAAAUGGGCUUUUGACCCACUGGAAUACUUCAACUUUUGAAUGCGUGUGUGAGCGCAAGAAGAAAAAAAAAAAAAGAAAAAGGGGGCAGAAGGAGCGGGGGCGGCGGCCCGGGGUAGCCCUCAUUGCCGGGCGCCUUUUCGUAAGCGGCGGUCGUCGUCAUCGUCGCCGCAGCGGUUACCAUGGCAACCCGGAGGACCCCCGAGUGAAUCCGAGCGAGUGGCGGAGUCCAGGCGUCACCUCCCGAGCUUCGUCUGGCGAUUUCUCCCCAGGGAAGGCGACGGCGCCGGCGGAGCGCCACGCGCGGUGGGCUUCCGAGCGCCAAUUGAUGAAGUGACGAGCGUCGGCGACCGCGCGCGCUCGAGUCCCGCCCCCCCCACCCCCUCCCCGCGACAUGGGCGGCCCUCGGCCCCCGCCGCUGCUGCUCUGCGUGCUGCUCUGCGCGCACGCCGGCCUGUGCCAGCACUACCUGCGGCUGCGGCCGUCCCCCAGCGACCACCUGCCCGUGUCCGACCUGAAGGAGGACCCCGACCCGGACUACGACCCCCGCGAGCAGGACCUGUCCGAGAGGACCCUGAGGAAAAAGCUGGGUAGCCACUUUGACCCCAACUUCAUGUCGGUGGGCGCGCCGGCGGCGGCGGCGGGCAACCACUCGGCGGCGCCGGACGUCAGGCCGCAGGGGCCCGUGCCCAACGAGCUGAAGAGGCUGGAGCUGGGCGAGACCCCCUACGGCAAGCGCGUCAAGGUGGGCAAGAAGGCGCGCAGGAAGUUCCUGCAGUGGCUGUGGACCUACACGCACUGUCCCGUGGUGUACGCCUGGAAGGACUUGGGCCUGCGCUUCUGGCCGCGCUACAUCAAGGAGGGCAACUGCUUCUCGGAGCGCUCCUGCUCCUUCCCGGAGGGCAUGUCGUGCAAGCCCGUCAAGUCCGUCAACAAGAUAUUCUUGCGCUGGUACUGCCAAGGCUUCCUCAGGCAGAAGUACUGCACGUGGAUUCAGGUGCAGUACCCCAUCAUCUCCGAGUGCAAGUGCUCGUGCUGAUACGGACGCGCGCGCCGGACCGCUUCCCGCUGCGCCGCCGACUCUGCGCGGAGGAGGGCGCCGGAGGAAAUCUAUUUUUUUAUCUGCCCUUUUCAAAAGUGCCAACGGUGUACAUAAGCGGCUACUUUGGAUUUCCGCCCCCGAUUCCAAGCAGGACCGUAUUUUAUUGGCGUUUUGGCCAGAAGGGGGCGGGGGUCGCAGCACCUCAUAUGGUGGACGAGCUUCUUUUUUUGGGGGGGAAGAGACAUUGCCCAUGCGUAUGCUCCACCUCUCCAACAGGUGAACUUUGUUUUUUCAACUGACUGUUAAUUCCCCGCAACGCCGCCCAGAGUUUUUCUAUCAUCUUCAUAUCGAUAUUAAGUUGGAAAAAAACACAAGAAAAAAAAACUGAAAUUGAGGUGAAAGAUUAUAUCAAAGCGUGAACUCAGCUUUUUUUUUUCUUUGAGGAAUACAUAGUAUAUUAGAAAUGAACAAAUCUGUACGUUUUAUUUAUUAUUUUAACGAUUGUGAGUAUAGAACGUAAGGACAGAGACUAGCGGAAUAUACCAGCAAAAAAAAAAAAAUGAUGGGAGAUGUCUAUUCAAAUUUGCCCCCAAAAGACGCAGAGAUGAACAGCUGAAAACAGUGUACAUGUUGUGGUCACCUUUGGAGCAAUAAAGUCCAUGUUUUCAUCCUG